UCCAAACAAUGCUCUCCGGAGCCCGGCGGGGCUGCUGGCGGCUGGGCGACCGACCACGAGACCCGGGGAGCGCGGUCCCGAGGAAGCUUCUCUGUCAGCCACACCUGCCUCCCACAAGACCACACCAGAGAGCCGGACACAAGAUGAACCAGCAUAUUGCCCGCUCAAGAUGCAGCAGACCCUCCGACUAAACCCCAAGAGCCUGAAAAUGUCUGCGUGCAGUGACUUUGUGGAGCACAUCUGGAAGCCUGGGUCCUGCAAGAAUUGCUUCUGCCUAAGGAGUGAUCACCAGCUGGCCCCCAGCCAGCCCCAGCAUAGGGCCGGCAGCCUGCCCCCUCCACCGCGCCUGCCCCCCAGGCCCGAGAUCUGCCGCCCUGAGGAUGAAGGUGUGAACAGCUCCCCCUACUCCAAGCCCACCAUCGCCGUGAAGCCCACCAUGAUGACCUCUGACGCCUCUGAUGUGUGGACAGAGGCGAACAUGAGUGCCGAAGUCUCACAGGUCAUCUGGAGACGAACCCCUGGCAAACUCCCACUCUCCAAGCAGGAAGACCUGCCAAUCGUUUACCUGGGCAGCUUCCGUGGCCCACAGAAGCCUGCUGGGCCCCCUGCCACCACCGACGGCCACUCUCACUGUUCCCCGGCUUACACCAUGGUUGGCCUGCACAACCUAGAGGCCAGGGGUGAACGGAACACGGCCUUCCACCCAGUGGGGGUCUCGGAUGACAAGGCCAGGCGAGAAGAUAAGUCCACAUUUUCCUACCCAGAGCCGCCCUCCACUCAAGAGAGCUUCCGCCAGAAACUGGCCACCUUUGCCGGGAUGACGCCUGUCUGUCACAAGGGCCCCGGGCCCUGCCCCUCUUCACAGCCCCUGCGGGAGUCCCCGCGCUCCGAGGAUGACAGCGAUCAGAGGUGCUCACCCUCAGGGGACAGUGAAGGUGGGGAAUAUUGCUCCAUCAUGGACUGUUGUCCCGGGAGCCCUGUUGCCAAGGCCACCUCCCAGGCCGAGGACGCUAGGCACAAACAUGGUGGAGGGGACUGCCGGCCAGUGUGCUGGGAACCGGGAACAUGCCCAGGGGCAAAUGAGGAGGAGAAGCGGGUUUUGAGCUUCCCAAGGGAGUGCUGUAGUCCAGGGCCCCCGACAGAGAACCUACCCCGCCUGGGCCCCAAGAAGCCAUCCCUUACCUCAGAGCCCGCCACUUCUUCUGAUGGCCUGUCCUGCAGGAGCGGAAGUAGUGGUGCUGACAGCCCCUUUGCCCCCCAUCUCGAGAGUGAUUACUGCUCCCUCAUGAAGGAACCUGCACCUGGCAAGCGGCAGGACCCUGGCUGCUCUGUAGCGACCUCCAGCAGGUACCUUGGGCUGCCUGCGGAGACCCAGCCUCCUGCCCUCUCCAGAGGGGCUGUCCCCUCUGAACCCAUCUAUGCUGAGAGCACCAAGAGGAAGAAGGCAGCUCCAGCACCUUCCAGGGCACAGGCCAAGGCAGAACCCAUGCCGACAGCCCAGGGCCAGUUAUGGACAGCUAACACCUGGGCUCAGAAAACAGCAUCUGGCUGGAGUCGGGACAGGGAUGGCCCAGAUGCAGCCCCCCAGGUGGCAGCCACCAUCACAGUCAUGGCAGCCCACCCAGAAGAAGAUCACCGGACGAUCUACCUGAGCAGCCCCGACUCUGCGGUGGGGGUGCAGUGGCCACGCAGGCCAGUGAGCCAGGACUCUGAGGCAGGAGAAGAGGAGACUUCAGUUGUGCAGGGACUGAGCUCGAGGGAAAGCCACCGUCACGAUACCAGUGAGAACACGCCCAAGGGGAGGCCGGCCAUUCCCCCCAAGUUGUCCAAGAGUAGCCCUGGGGGGUCUCCGGUGUCACCAUCUGCCUCCCCCCUGUCCACCCUCAGUGAGGGGAACUCCAGUGGUGGUGUUGGAUCCCAGCCUUCAUCCAAGAGUCCCACAGACCCCGCUCUGUCCUGCCGAGCCAACAGUGUAGCUACCAGUGACUCUGUCAGGGGCCCCCCACCCACCAUCACUGCUGCCUCAGCCUUGGACCAGAGGCGGCCCCGCUAUCAGACUGGGGCCUGGAGUCGUCAGUGCCGGAUAGAGGAAGAGGAGGAGGUGGAGCAGGACUUACUGAGUCAAGCCUGGGGAAGAGAGACGGAAAAUGGCACCCUGGACCCCUCAAGCUCCUCGACUUGGCACCGUCUCCACCCAACAGACAGCUCCUCUGGGCAGAACAGCAAAGCUGGGGCCGGGAUGAGCAAGUCAGCCUCUUUUGCCUUCGAGUUCCCUAAGGACAGAAGUGGGAUAGAGGCAUUCUCACCUCCUCCGCCACCUCCAAAGUCGAGGAACCUUUUAAAGAUGAACAAGAGCAGCUCUGAUCUGGAAAAAGUGAGCCAGGGCUCCACAGAGAGCCUCAGCCCUUCUUUCAGGGGCAUCCACGUCAGCUUCACCACGGGCUCCUCAGACAGCCUGGCCUCAGACUCCAGGACCUGCAGCGAUGGAGGCCCAUCCUCUGAGCCCACUCACUCGCCCACCAGCAGUGGGAAGAAGCUCUUCGCUCCUGUUUCAUUCCCCUCGGGCUCCACCGAGGAUGUGUCCCCCAGCAGCGCUCUGCAGCCCCCGCCUCUCCCCCAGAAAAAGAUAGUGAGCCGGGCAGCUUCUUCGCCAGAUGGCUUCUUCUGGACCCAGGGCUCCCCCAAGACAAGAACAGCGAGCCCCAAGCUGAACCCCAGUCACUCGGAGACCAACGUCUGCGUCCACGAGGACUCCCACUUGAGCCACUCCUCCAGAUAUGGUCCUGGGAGCCGCCAGCACCAGAUCUUCUCUUCGGAGCCUCUGGAGAAAACCUUCAAAGGCAAUGGCCACUGGGUCCCAGCACCGGGGUCGGCGGGCAGCAAAAGCAUCUGUGGGAGCUCUGGCGCCCAGUGCAAAGGGGCCCCCUCGGCCUCCUCCUCUCAGCUGAGCGUGUGCAGCCAGGCGUCCAGCAGCAGCACCCAGCUGCACCUGCGCAGCCUCCUGAGCAGCAUCAGCAGCAAGGACGGCACCUACAAGAAGCUGGGGGGGCUCUACGCCCAGUCCCUGCUCCGCCUGGUGGCCAAGUGUGAGGACCUCUUCAUGGGUGGCCAGAAAAAGGAGCUGCACUUCAACGAGAACAACUGGUCGCUCUUCAAGCUCACCUGCAACAAGCCCUGCUGUGACUCGGGGGAUGCCAUUUAUUACUGCGCCACCUGCUCCGAGGACCCCGGCAGCACCUAUGCUGUGAAAAUCUGCAAAACCCCGGAGCCCAAAACGGCCUCGUACUACAGUCCCUCUGUGCCCGUGCACUUCAACAUCCAACAGGACUGCGGUCACUUUGUCGCCUCCGUGCCCUCCAGCAUGCUCUCGUCUCCUGAUGUGCCCAAGGACCCUCUGCCUACCCUGCCCCCGCCGCCCCCAGCCCAGGAGCAGGACUGUGUGGUGGUCAUCACCCGAGAGGUGCCCCACCAGACCGCCUCUGACUUUGUGCGGGACUCGGCCACCAGCCAUCAGUCCGAACCCGAGGUUUACGAGCGGCGCGUAUGCUUCCUGCUUCUGCAGCUCUGCAACGGGCUGGAACAUCUGAAGGAGCACGGGGUCAUCCACCGAGAUCUGUGCCUGGAGAACUUGCUGCUGGUGCACUGCACCCCCCAGGCCUCCCCGGGCUCCUCCGCUGCUACCCCUGGCCCCCCUGUCUCUUCUGCCACGUCCAGUGCCCCUCCCACCACCACAUCCCCUCCCCCUGCAGCCCAUCCCUCCCCUUGCCCUUCCACAGCCCUCCCAGCCAGUGCCACUCCCACCCCCCCAGCUGCCUCUUCCUGUCAGGGAGUGCCAGGUGAGAAGCACUUGCCCAGACUCAUCAUCAGCAACUUCCUGAAGGCCAAGCAAAAACCAGGCAGCACUACCAACUUGCAGCAGAAAAAGAGCCAGGCCCGGCUGGCCCCCGAGAUCGUGUCAGCCUCCCAGUACCGCAAAUUCGAUGAGUUCCAGACAGGCAUCCUCAUCUAUGAGCUGCUCCACCAGCCCAACCCUUUCGAGGUGCGGGCCCAGCUGCGGGAGCAGGACUACCGGCAGGACGACCUGCCCCCUCUGCCGCCGCUGUCCCUCUACUCACCAGGCCUGCAGCAGCUCGCCCACCUGCUGCUGGAGGCCGACCCCAUCAAGCGCAUCCGCAUAGGGGAGGCCAAGCGGGUGCUGCAGUGCCUGCUGUGGGGCCCCCGGCGGGACCUGGUAGAGCAGCCCGGCACCUCUGAGGAAGUCCUCUACAACACCCUGAAAAACUGGAUUGACAUGAAGCGGGCCCUGAUGAUGAUGAAGUUUGCCGAGAAGGCGGUGGACCGCAGGCGCGGGGUGGAGCUGGAGGACUGGCUUUGCUGCCAGUACCUGGCAUCUGCGGAGCCAGGAGCCCUCCUGCAGUCACUGAAGCUCCUGCAGCUUCUGUGAACGCAGCCCCCAGCCCAGCACUUUAGCUGACCCCGCCGAUCUGACCCCUCCCAGGCCCCAGGCCCUGGCCUUGGAAACAUCCAUGUCUCCCUGGGAAAUGGUACAAAUGACUAUCACUCUU